ACCCUGGGACCGCCCCCGGCUCCAUCUUGCGGGCGACCGGGUUGGGCUGUGACGCUGCUGCCGGGGUCAGAAUGUCAUACCCAGGCUAUCCCCCAACAGGCUACCCACCUUUCCCUGGAUAUCCUCCUGCAGGUCAGGAGUCAUCUUUUCCCCCUUCUGGUCAGUAUCCUUAUCCUAGUGGCUUUCCUCCAAUGGGGGGAGGUGCUUACCCACAAGUGCCAAGUAGUGGCUACCCAGGAGCUGGAGGCUACACUGCGCCUGGAGGUUAUCCAGCCCCUGGAGGCUAUCCUGGUGCCCCACAGCCAGGGGGAGCUCCAUCCUAUCCCGGAGUUCCUCCAGGCCAAGGAUUUGGAGUCCCACCAGGUGGAGCAGGCUUUUCUGGCUAUCCACAGCCACCUUCACAGUCUUAUGGAGGUGGUCCAGCACAGAUCCCACUACCUGGUGGCUUUCCUGGAGGACAGAUGCCUUCUCAGUAUCCUGGAGGACAACCUACUUACCCUAGUCAGAUCAAUACAGAAUCUUUUCCUUCCUAUCCUGUUUUCUCUCCUGUUUCUUUGGAUUAUAGCAGUGAACCUGCCACAGUGACUCAGGGCACUCAAGGAACUAUCCGACCAGCUGCCAACUUCGAUGCUAUAAGAGAUGCAGAAAUUCUUCGUAAGGCAAUGAAAGGUUUUGGGACAGACGAGCAGGCAAUUGUGGACGUGGUGGCCAACCGUUCUAAUGAUCAGAGGCAAAAAAUUAAAGCAGCAUUUAAGACCUCCUAUGGCAAGGAUUUAAUCAAAGAUCUCAAAUCAGAGUUAAGUGGAAAUAUGGAAGAACUGAUCCUGGCCCUCUUCAUGCCUUCUACGUAUUACGAUGCCUGGAGCUUACGGAAAGCAAUGCAGGGAGCAGGAACUCAGGAACGUGUAUUGAUUGAGAUUUUGUGCACAAGAACAAAUCAGGAAAUCCGAGAAAUUGUCAGAUGUUAUCAGUCAGAAUUUGGACGAGACCUCGAAAAGGACAUUAGGUCAGAUACAUCAGGACAUUUUGAACGUUUACUUGUGUCCAUGUGCCAGGGAAAUCGUGAUGAGAACCAGAGUAUAAACCACCAAAUGGCUCAGGAAGAUGCUCAGCGUCUCUAUCAAGCUGGUGAGGGGAGACUAGGGACCGAUGAAUCUUGCUUUAACAUGAUCCUUGCCACAAGAAGCUUUCCUCAGCUGAGAGCUACCAUGGAGGCUUAUUCUAGGAUGGCUAAUCGAGAUUUGUUAAGCAGUGUGAGCCGUGAGUUUUCUGGAUAUGUAGAAAGUGGUUUGAAGACCAUCUUGCAGUGUGCCCUGAACCGCCCUGCCUUCUUUGCUGAGAGGCUCUACUAUGCUAUGAAAGGUGCUGGCACAGAUGACUCCACCCUGGUCCGGAUUGUGGUCACUCGAAGUGAGAUUGACCUUGUACAAAUAAAACAGAUGUUCGCUCAGAUGUAUCAGAAGACUCUGGGCACAAUGAUUGCAGGUGACACGAGUGGAGAUUACCGAAGACUUCUUCUGGCUAUUGUGGGCCAGUAGGAGGGAAUUUUUUUUUUUUUUUUUUUUAAAUGAAAAAAAAUUUCUAUUCAUAGCUUAUCCUUCAGAGCAAUGACCUGCAUGCAGCAAUAUCAAACAUCAGCUAACCAAAAGAGCUUUCUGUCAAGGACCAUAUCAGGGUAAUGUGCUUGGUUUGCACAUGUUGUUAUUGCCUUAAUUCUAAUGUUAUUUUGUUCUCUACAUACAAUCAACGUAAAGCCAUAUCACAAUGAUACAGUAAUAUUGCAAUGUUUGUAAACCUUCAUUCUUACUAGUUUCAUUCUAAUCAAGAUGUCAAAUUGAAUAAAAAUCACAGCAAUCUCUGAUUCUGUGUAAUAAUAUUGAAUAAUUUUUUAGAAGGUUACUGAAAGCUCUGCCUUCCAGAAUCCCUCCAGGUCUGCUUGAUAGAGUGGAUAGUAUGUUAAAACUGUGUACUUUUAAAAAAAAUUCAACUCUUUACAUCUAGAAUAAUUUGCAUCUUAUUUUGCCUAAGUUGGUUCUGUAUUCAUAAACACUUUCCACAUAGAAAAUAGAUUAGUAUUACCUGUAGCACCUUUUAAGAAAGGGUCAAAUGUUUAUAUGCUUAAGAUACAUAGCCUACUUUUUUUUCCCAGUUGUUUUCUUUUUUUAAAUUGAGUUAUGACAAAUAAAAAAUUGCAUAUA